AUGCCGCUCCCCCCGUUAGCCGGCUCCCUUGCGUACGGAGCACAAGUUGGGUUGCGGUCGACCCUGGAUGCCUCUCGCAGCGCGAAGCAGCCGUACUAUAUUAGUCUGGGGGAUCUUUCAGGCCAAUCCAGUCCUUGCCCGGCAUUUCCCCAGAGUUCCUUCGCUUCUCUGGAAAAAGUCACCGCUCCAAGUACGCCGUUUUCCUCGGUGACCAAGCGUGGGCAGGUUCCACCCUCGCCGUUUCCGGCCCCGCUGCCGUCGACGGAUUCCGCCUCAAGCACACACCUUUUGCCUCUUUGUUGCACGGCCACUCACCCGUACCGUCCCCUCUGCAGCUCGGAGUUUUCGCUUUUGCGGGCUUCAUCUCCAGUCGUCGGCGACGUCGUGCACGCGGACGAGGAAGUGCUUCUCGUCGCCGGCCUUCCGCGCUCCUUUCCGUUGGGCCCUGGAAACGGGAGUCAGAAUGUGUCUGGUUCCGAAGAAUCACGAGAAGGGAUUCUUUCUCAAACUCGCACACAGCUCUGGCUCCUUUGUUGCCCGCGCCGAACCGAAAUCCGUCAAUUCGCUCAGCGCCUUCACAGCUCUCGACCUGGGCAGAGUCCGUCGCCGCCCGUCGGCUCCUCAGGCACGUCAACUUCCCCUUCCCUUCCCGCAGCCUGUGCACUGUUUGGUGCGCCAGACGAAGAGGACGUCGGCGUCGUUUGCGCCCGAGGCGUCGUUCCAGACGGGUCCGUGAAGAGUCUUCUCACGCGCGUCGAUCGCCGCUGUCGCUGGCGGCUUCUUCGCGCAACGCCGGGCACUUGUGGCGGCGUGGAACAAUCUCGCGGUUCCUCCGAGAGUGUGUCCGACCCCGACUCGGCGAACGCGGACGGUCGCUCUGGCUCUGCGAGGUCCCCUCCCUCGUCCGUCUUGCAUCUAGACGAAGAGAUUCUCCUUCAGAAUUGCCACACGGGCCAGUUUCUCUCUCUGCGCAUCUCCGAUAACGGCGGAGAUGCUCAAAACUCUGCACGGCUUGUCGCCGUGGGGAAGCCCGCGUUUGCGUCGUCGGCAUCGGACGAAGACCGCGAGAAACGGCGACCCUCGGACCCAGGGUUCUUCAGAUUUCCUUCUGGCUCUCGGCUCUCUCAGUUCUCGUCUGCGUCUUGCCGCGGGGCAGUCAAGGCCAGUAAGCCGCUCUUUGACUCUGAAGCCUCUCCGCCCUGCAUGCACAGCGGCUGGCGCCUGGUGCCUGCAGGCGUGCGAGUUGCGCCGUCCUGGGAUCGCGUCGUGCCUCACAGCCUCCUCGGCCCGAGUGAAAUCGACGACUCCCUGCUAAAGCGGGAAAAGUUCCUGGGCGUGCCUUUGGCCAGCUUUAUCUCCAACGCGUCGCCCUUCGCCAAUCCGCCUCUCUCUCUCUCUCCCUACGUGGACGAGCCGACUCUGCAGGCCUCCGCGCAAGAGCGAGAAGGCGCCGCCGGCGAUCCUUCAUUGCGCGUUGCCGCUGCGGACCGGGCCCUGGCCGCGCGCUUUUCCGUCUCUGGUGCGGCGCGCUCCUCGGCAACGGGCGCCUCUGUUCGGCCUUCGCUGGCCGAAAGCUGGCGCUCUGUGGGCGCCGAGAGUUUGGGAGAAAACGAUUGGGUGAUGCGGCGACUCCACGCGGACUGGUCGGCGCUCUCGCGAGAGGUGAAGGAGCGGUUCCUCCUCGAAGACCUGCUGUUCUGCUUGUCGGGUCUUGACGGUACGCUCAUCCGCAUUCUCGCGAUUUCCUCGCAAGUUGAGCAGGAACCCGCGUCUACAAACGCGCCAGGCAGUCCUCCCCGCCCGGCACCCAGUGCGUCCCCGGAUCCGCCGCUCCCUUCCUUCCACUACUGGCUUCAUCCGCUGCUCCGUCUAGGCGGCCAGUCGCCGGACUUUGGAGAACUUUCCCGAGUGUCGACCGAUGGAGAUGACCGCUCCACGUCUCUCGUCCCUGGGCUUCCCGGCAGUUCUGGCCCGCCUGGUCCCUUUCACGCGUCCGAGUCGCGCGGCGGGCAUGCGUUCGCCUUGUCGGUUUCUCAAGCAGCCUCGGAAGACGCAGCUCUGAGCCAAAUGCUCCCACCGCUCUUGCCGGCCGCAUGCAGCCUGCGGCUUCUCCUCGUUUUCCUCGAGCUCGCCGGCAGGCGCAACAGUGCCUCGAAAGCUUCAGUGGUAGCUUUCGGCUCUUCCACGCGCGCGACGAGCCUCUCGGGCUGGGGCGGCGAGAUCGCCGAGGCGUUCUGUGGGGCGAUCAAGAAAAUCGUCGAGGAACUCGGGAUCCGCGUCGGCGUGUGGGAGGGCGAGAUCCGCAGGGGGCGCCUGACCCUCCAGGGCCUCAGAGCCCAACUGGGGCCGGUCGCGAGGGCCUUGGGCGUCGCCGAGGCGGUCGUGCGGGAGGCGUGGGGCAAGCGGGGUGGCGAACUCCUCGACGCAGCUGAAGAGGUGAAGAAGCGCCUGCCGUGCAACGACGCAAAUCAGGAAAUCUGCCGUUUCAUCUUUGAAAAAGCCGCUGCGCCUCUUGCGCGAAUCGUCGAGAACUGGGUCCACCAUGGCGUCCUCCAAGAUACUUACGGCGAAUUCUUCAUCCGCGAGGACCCGACGGUCGUCGCCGAGGGCGAGCCCACCUCAGAAUGGAGAGGCGCCUCUCUAGCUGCGUCCUUGUCUGGCGUGGCAACCUCAGGAAGUUCCCUCGAUCAGCCGUGGACCGAUUUCAGGCCCUGUGCAGGUGAAUGGUGCAGGCGGAGGUUCGUCCUUGUCGAGAGUCUGGUCCCGAACUCUUUAAAGCCGCACGCGCGAGAUAUUCACCGAGCCGGGCUGUACGUGUACGUUCUCAACAGCUGCAGCUACACAGGUUUGCCGCCGCCCGCGUCCUUUCUGCCGGCUGACGGGCGACCUGGCGCGUCGCCUUCGCUGUCUCCGCGUCUGCUUCCGCUCCUCCCCGCUGCGUGCGCACGGGCGUCUUCCCACCUCAUGCACUUUUUCUUUCACUCGCUGGAACUGCCUCGAACCCUCGAGCUGCUACACGAUUUCUUCCUCGUCGGGAGAGCCGAUUUCCUCCAGCACUUUUUUGAGUUUGCGGCGCCAGCCGACGGCGCUCUCUGCGCAGGCUCUGGGGCGCCAGGUCUCUCGGGCGGGGUCACGUGGCACGCAACGCUACAAGAAAUAGCCGGUCUGGAAGGGUGCAUGGAGCAAGCGAUUCGGAGCGUCAGUGGACUGGAAACACUGAAAGAGAAGAUCUCCUUCUUCAUGCAUCCCGUCCCUUCGCUGUGUGAAGCCGCCCAGCUCCUGGCGCAUGCACACGAAGAAGACAACUUGAGGACUCUCUUGGGGCUGUCCAAGUCCUCCGGAGUGAUCGGAGGCGAAGGCACAACGAACGGCAACAGCUCGACUCCCUUCCGCAGGCCCUCGCCGUCAGAGUGGUGCCGGCGAGUGUGUCUGCGGUACCGCUGCGGCUGGCCGCUCUCGCUCCUCUACACCAGCAAGGCUCUGUGCGGCUACGAGCUCGUCUUUCGACUUCUCCUGCAUCUUCACCUUGCGCAUCGCCAGCUGAAUCAGCUGUGGAUGCACAUCCACGAAACACGCAGCCUCUUCUCCUUUGCCGACAUGCCUGUCCAUCUUCGCCAAACUGUGGCGAUCGGCGAGGAGAUGCGCAUCUUCACGCGAAAUCUUCUUUUCUACGCCACCACAGAUGUUAUCGCCCUUCACUACUCUGCUCUACGGCGGCAUCUCCAGUCGCUUUCAUCUGUGGCCCUCGCGUGCUCGCCUGCGUCUGGUGGCGCGGCCUCGCCGACGUACUCCUUCGCAGAUGUCCAAGAACUGCAUGCGCGCUUUCUUUCGUGUCUCCUGCGCGACUUGUUUCUGGAGGAUCUCGGCCUGCUCCAGGCAGCCAGCAAAUGCUUGACGAUUUGCCUCGUCUUUAGUCGGCACGUCAGAAAGUUCUCCUUUGACCCUCCAGAUUUCCCUCUGCUGUCCACGAGAGGCUUGCUCGCCUCGACUUCCCUCGCACCCAAGAGCGACGCAGCUGGCGAGGCCGAGCGGGGACUGUCGGAGACGGAACCCCGCGAAGCGCGCAAUGCAUGCGAGAACGGCGCGGGAGCGCAAGCGAAGGCGCCUGGAAUGAACUCGCGAGAACGGAUCCGCGCAGCCCGACGCCAGCAAGUUCGCGCGACGGUCGACAGCGCAGGCUUCGGGGGCAUGGUGCGGAGUGCCGGGACGAGCUUCCGAGAAAACUUUGCAGAGUUUCUCAGCAAACUGGAGGCCUUCAGCAACCGGUUUCCCGCCUCGCCGAGCGCUCACCUGCUCUUCCGCUUCAAUUUCAACGACUGUCUCUCUGCCCGGUCGCGUGCGCCUUCCCAAACGGCUUCUGUCUCGAGGCCGUCGCAGGCUCGCAUGCAUCCCUCGUCGGGAGAGGAAAGUGUCAGCGGAUUGCCUCCGAAGACCGGCGUCUGGACAGGCGACAGAGAAGCCGCUCCUGUCUCUUCGUGGCAUCGUGGCGACAAGUUGCGCCCAGGGUCGCCGCCUUUGCUACCGCCUUCCCGAGCUCUGUCCUCCCACGCCCGUGAGAAAAGUGCAGAGGAGGGAAACGAGGAAGGCCUUCUGGAGAGAGAAGGCGGGUGGAAGCCGCGACAGCCCUCCACGCCGAGGCAGACUGUCACGUCUGUCCUGUCUGGGAUUGAUGGACCUUCAACUUCCCGAAGAACUGGAGCUUUCGAGCGACCGCCUCCCUUCCCAGAGACGAUUGCAACUUCGCUUCGACAAGGUGGUGCAUCUGCGUCGUCGCGUGCUGGAGAAGGUCUGGGCGGUCGAGGCGUCUCUGCUUCUCCGUUUCAGGUUCCGUCUUCGGUAUUUUCCACUGGUGACAGCGGGAGGAGCGCGGCGGGGCAGAGUCGCACGCGCGAGGGAGCCGACGAAGAGGAAGACGGCGGAGUGAGGGCGAGAGAGAGGUUUUCAGUGGCAGGCGGCAAGAACAGGACUCGAGAUCUGGGGCAUGCUUCGGACGAAGGACUGAGCGACGAAGUGGGGGAAACGUACUCUGUAGUAAGUGAGGAAGACGGCGAGGACGAAGACUUCGACGCAGCCCUGCGGUCGUUUCAAGAACGGAUUCGUGGGGAAGGAACGCGCGGCGCCCGCGAUAGAAAGGCUCGGAAAUCUUUUUCUCAGGGCGGGGAAGAGGAGUUCGUGGCUGCAUGCAGGAGCUCGGAGAGCGACUCGGAAGAUUUCCACGACACCGGAGACAUCGAUGGGUCUGAAGAGGAGCGAUCUUCCCUGGGAGACGACGCCGGCAGUGAAGACGAACCUCGACGGAGAAGAGACUCCGCGUUCUCUGAGGAGUUCUACGAUGAAGACGGCAAUGAGUCCCUGCUGGACGAGGAAGAAGGUGAACCGGAACCGCGAAUAGCAGAAAAAGGGAGCGCACCAGAGCACCACCAGGAAGAAGGAUAUGCGGCAGCCUUCCUUCGAAGUCGAGACGAUGUCGGGCGAUGA